AUGAAUGAUUCAGUUGCCUUAUCCACGUUCAACUCGUUGAUGGAGAAGAACCUCGUCUUUUUUGACGAACGACAACAAAUCGUCCAGCACAAUGACAAAGGUCUCAAGGUGAAUCCUGACGAGGGGGAAGAGCAAGUUGACAACGUAAUUGAUCAAGUUCGAGAUGGAAGUGACAUCAAUACCACUGGCUAUGAGAUGUGUGACAUUAGCAAAACUCAUUUUCUAGCCGCCAACAAGUUUUGCUUUGCAAGGCCACACCUAAUGCUCCUCACGUCCGAUGGAAACAAGCGUCAAUAUGAGCCACUGGACCAAAACGACUGGCAAGCCUUGAACAACGUCUUGACUGACUUGGGUGAUGACUAUGUUGCCUUCUUCAACUGUGGACAAGAUGGGGGCUGCAGUCGACUCCACAAGCACAUGCAGUUAAUACCGAAACCCAAAGACAGCUUUGCAGCGUUCCUGGACACUGAGGAUGGUGUAGAGCCUGACGUGCCAUUCCAGUGGUUUUAUCAUCGCUUUGAGUCUCCACCACUUGACUCAAAUCAGUUGUUAGACGUUUAUGGCAGACUUCUACAAAAGGCCACAGAAGCGGGCAAAGGUCAAUCGGAGCAUGUAGACAGUCUGCUGGCAGAAGCAGCAAUUCCGCACAACAUGUUGGUCACGAACCAAUGGAUGAUUGUACUCCCGCGACGUCGGGCAGCUGUCAAUAAAAAGGCUGGCGCUAAUUCUAUUGGCAUGAUGGGAGUUAUUGCUGUUGCGACUCAGGAGGAGAUUGAUAAUUGGAUACGCAUUGGGCCUGUUGAGGCGCUGAAGGAGCUCGGUGUUCCAAAGAUACUCUAG